AUGGAUCAAUAAACAGAAACAUUAAAUUUAGAUGACAACUAAAUGUCAACUUUUGGAAAGAUUAUCUAGACUCUUUCUUAGUCUCACAUUUUUGAUUUGAUUAAGAUUGGACUUCUUGCAUAUUUUGUAAUUAUUAUCAUAAUGACAUUUAACAAUAAAAGCAAAGUUAAGUCACAGCGCUUUAAUAGCAACCACAGAGAAAGAUUGUAUAAACGUUUCGUAUACUCAAAUUUUGAAAUUAUGCGUGAUUUAGAUUAGGAAGAAAUUUAAUUAAUGCAAGAAACAUUUGAAAAUACUGUUAAAAAUGCUAGCAAGCCUGAAUAAGUUAAAUAACCAUCAUUUGCAACUAAAAAAAAAAAUAAAAGGGUCAGUUUCCACAAAAACACUAAAAACUAAUGA